GACAUCAUCUACCGGGAUCGCUCAAGAUGGCAGAGGCGAUGGAGGCGUGGCCGAGCACCUCGCUCCAGGCGCCGCGCAGGAAACGCUUCGAGGUCAGGAGGUGGCACGCCGUGUCCCUGUGGACCUGGGACAUCGCCGUGGACAACUGCGCCAUCUGCCGCAACCACAUCAUGGACCUGUGCAUCGAGUGCCAGGCGCUGCAGGCGGGGGGCGCCGGCGAGGAGUGCAGCGUGGCCUGGGGCGUGUGCAACCACGCCUUCCACUUCCACUGCAUCUCCAGGUGGCUGCGGACGCGGCAGGUGUGCCCGUUGGACAACAGCCACUGGGACCAGUACGGACGCUAGGGCCGUGAAACACUUUAUCUUAAAACACAUGGUAAAACAACAGUUCCAUCUCCUCUUUGUGAAUGCGUCUGAAGCGCCGUGCCAGUCCACGCCGCUUCCUCUCGGAGUGUAACACCAGAGGCUCCGACAGUGGAGACCGUGUGACAAUGCGAGGCGUGACUCCACUGUCGACUCAGGAGUCGGCCAGGGUCAUCUGCCAGACGGCGAUGGGCCCCUGAGGGCUGCAGGGCCGACCGCCCAGGACCAGCAGCAGGUCGGGCAGGUGCUGCGCCGCCUCGUCCUCGUCCUCCUCGCCGCAGCUCCACUGCCCACAGAAGGCCUUGUUCUCAAAGGUCAAGCAGCUGCCGCUCCAGGGGCCCGGCGCGCCGCACUCCUCCCUGGCUCGGCCGCACGGGCACUCGUUCGGGCUGAAGGUCUGCAGCUCGAUGGCGCCCCCCUCUGAGCCCAGGAACUUGAGCGGCGAAGGGAAGCACUUGUUCUUGAAGGGGCGGAGCCUGCCCUGGGGGAGUCCCGGCUGGAGGUCCGGGGGCGGG